GGGAGCUCGGUGCAAAAUGGCCGCCCCCAGUCUCCGGGGCCGCCUGGUGCGCAUUGGGAACCCGCGGAAACCGGUAUUGAAGCCUAACAAGCCGCUUAUCCUAGCUAAUCGCGUCGGGGAACGGCGCCGGGAGAAGGGCGAGGCGACGUGUAUCACGGAGAUGUCGGUGAUGAUGGCUUGCUGGAAGAAGAAUGAAUUCCGCGACGAGGCGUGCGGGAAAGAGAUCCAGGACUUCUUGGAUUGUGCCUCGAGGGCUCAGGAAGCAGGAAAGAUGAAAACACUCCAGGACACCCUGGGAGAUUCUAGGAGCUUACUUCCUCACAAAAUGAAUAAGUUGUUACAGAGAUUUCCUAACAAAUCUCACCUUAGUUGAAAAUGGAAAAGCAUUUUCAAUGAGUGAACUGCCAUUUCUGAGAAUGAUGAGAGGCAUUUUGGAGAUGUUUGUAUUGCCAUGCCCUCUUCAAAGGGCAAAAUGAGGUAGAACAUUCUUUGGAAUCAUAUUCUGGAUGGAAAUUAUGAUUUAUUUGGAAUAAAAUUCACUGAGGAGAAAUUGGA